AUGUUAAUGGAAUCACAAUGUAGUGGAAAUAAUGGAGGACAUCACCCACAACAUCAGAUGUAUCCGUUUAGAGAUCGAAAAAAAUCAUUUGGUACACCACCUUCAACAUCUUCUUCGUCAUCAUCAUCAUCAUCUCCCGUCGGACGUCUUCCUGUAUUUGCUCGAUUCAAUCAUCCAGGAACUAGCUCCGUCAUGUCAGAAUCCGACUCAUCGACUUGCUCAACACCGACACGAUCUGGAGCAACGACACCAACUCAACAAAACUACAGCCGAAUGACGACGACUGCUUAUUUUCAGCCAAAACCUUCAUCGUUUUCUCCAAAUUAUUACUACCGACAUCCGAAUCAUCAGUACAAUUUUCAAUCAGGUUUUUAA